GAGCGCGCGGGCGUGCGGAGGCCGAGGUCGCCGCUAUGCCUGCCCGCUGCGUGGCCGCCCACUGCGGCAACACCACCAAAUCCGGGAAGUCACUGUUCCGCUUUCCCAAGGACCGGGCCGUGCGGCUGCUGUGGGACCGCUUCGUGCGGGGCCGCCGCGCAGACUGGUACGGGGGCAAUGACCGCUCUGUCAUCUGCUCCGACCACUUCGCCCCGGCCUGUUUUGACGUCUCUUCGGUUAUCCAGAAGAAUCUGCGCUUCUCCCAGCGCCUGCGGCUCGUAGCGGGCGCCGUGCCCACCCUGCACCGGGUGUCCGCCGCAGCACCUAAGGGGGAAGAAGAGGGAGAGCACGCGGGCGGCCCCGAAAAGGGAGGAGCGCCCCAGGCAGUCAGGCAGGCAGAAGCCGCCCCGGGGCCAGCCCCCUGUACGCUCCUCCGGGCCAGGAAGAGGGCUGCGCCUUCACAGAUUACAUGUGAAAAUGAAGUUAAACAAACACAAGUCCCUGCUAAUAAUCUAUCUUACGGUGUCGCUUCAGUACCUACUCACCGGGAAGAAGGCCCAGCGCAUAAAAGUACACAAAUGUCUCUGAAAAGGCCCCCCCACCGCAGUGUUGGUAUUCAGGCCAAAGUGAAAGUGUUCGGAAAACAACUGUGUAAUGCCACGACUCAGACCGACGGAUUGCAGUCUAGAAGUGCCUCUCUCUUUGACAUUUACUCCAGUGACUCAGAGCCAGAUGCAGACUGGGAUGUCAAGAGUGAGCAGAGCGAUUUGUCUUAGUAGCCAUGCGGGUGAAAGAAGAGUCUUGUUAAAAACGCAACAUCAAAUGACUUGAUGUCCUAUAGGUUUUCAAAUCUUCACUCACAUAAUUACUUCUUUGUUCUUAUAAAUGUUUCACUUUGGGAUAGUUGAGUAUCAGCAAAAUUUGCUCAGCUCUAAGGCAAAAAUGUGGCCGCCUGCCAAAAUAAUGAAGAUAAUCCUCCCCACCUCCCACUUGCACGCCUUGUUUCUUUUUUUCUUUUUAUCCUUUUGGUAGAAAUCGAGUUAUAAGACAAAACCACAAUAGCAGCAUUUCCAGAUCGAGAUUAAGCACUGAAUGUUUAAGCUUACUGCAGAAGCAACACUCAUAUGGAACUUCUAUGACAUUCACAGGUUAGAACAUCACUAUUCUAAAUAAUUUGAAGAUAAUAGUAAGCACAACCAAGUCUGAUACUAUUAAAUGAUUUGGGAGCCAGGAAACUUAUCCUUGAUUAUUAUUUUUUUUAUCUUGUAUAUUUAUUAGUUUGUCCAUUUGUAAUACUAUUGGAUCUGUGGAUCAGUCCCUGUGAGCAUUUCUGGUGAAGUUAUGGCUCUUACAGAAAAUUUUCAAAGGGAAUUAAUUUAAAUAGAGAUAGAGUUUCAUAUACUUGGAUUGCCUUGUUAAUGAAAUCUAUUUGCAUUGGUUCCUAUUACAACAAACCAAAUAGCCUAAUUUAGAUUGAAAUUACUAACAUCAUGCAAAAAAAAAGUAUUAUAUUUCUAAGAUAUCCCCAUUUCAAGAAUUAGGUUUUCCUUUAUUAAUACCAUUCUAUUGAAUUCUACAUUUGGGAAAUAAGUGUGUGAGAAAUAGCCGCCCAUCUGCCAUUCACCAGGAAAAUUUCUAUGGCAAUUUUGUACCGUGAAAUAAUUUGUUACAAUUGUUUCUGAGAAACUUACUAUAACUCUGAUCUUUUAUUGAGAAUAAUAAAAAUAAAUGUCCAUUUUAUACCUCACAUGUCUUGUUAGUUGCGCAUGAUUGGAAGAACUUGCAUGCAUUUUAUCCUAGAAGGUUUAAAUAAUACACCAAAGUGAUUUUCUUCCAAAGCUAAUUUCAUGUGUGACUCAAUUUGAACAGUGUAACUUUAAUAAAAAGAAUAACAAAUAAAAUAUUAAUAGAAGUUGUGAGCCUGAACAAUGAUUAUGUAAACACAUAACACUACUACUAUUAUUAUUAUUGUUAUUGCUGCUUUGGCUUGAAUUUGAGAUGACUAUUUGAUGUUUUGAGAGAGCAUUGUGUUUUAAGAUUAAGAAUAUAAAUCUUCUGAAGCUAAAUACUGUCAGUAAAUACCUGUUGCUCCUUGAGCUUUUGAAUAGCCUAUCGCCUUAAUUCAAAUUAUAAUGAAUGUUAUAUGCCCAUUCAUCCCCAAAUUUCACUGCCAUGAGUUUACUUCAUUUCUAUGUGUUAAACAACUUUGACAACCAUAGCCUGCCUGCCUUCCUUCCUUCCUUCCUUCCUUCCUUCCUUCCUUCCUUCCUUCCUAUUCAGUUAGGUUUUUUUCUCUUACCAGUUGAGAAUUUAUGUUUGGUUUGUUGAUUCACAUGGUUUUAUAAUGUAUUGCACAAUGUUUCACUGUCCUAAAGUAAAAUGAAAUACUGGCUUUAUUUUAAAUUAAAUGUGAGGAACUUACAGUUUAUAUAA